AAUGGGCCACGCUGACCUCUUGGGCGGUUAAGCCCACGGCGCUCGCUCCCCGCACCAUAGCAACGCCCGGCGCCGCCUCCUUCCCAACGCGCCGUCCCGUCGAGCGCCACCGCACAGGUUUCCUCGCCGUCGCGCGCCACCGCUGCUCUCCUAUCCGCCUUCACCAUACGCUGCCGGCCCUGCUACCCCCGCUCUCGGAUUCCUUCGCGGGCGCUGCGGCCCGUCCUCCGGAAGCGGAUCGGAGGCGGCGAGCGGGCGGGGAAAGCGGCGGCCAGAGGAGAUGCUCAAGUUCCUUUCCAGGGUGGUGGUGGAGUACAACCCGCUGGACCCGCGCAAGGCGGCGGCCGUGGAGCUCCUCGCGCAAUGCAACGGCCGCAAGGCCAAGGACUCCAACCCCACCUGCUCCGUCGAGCUGCGGCGGCUGCCCUCCCCAGCCGCGGCCGAGGACCCCAAGGCCCAGCCGCCCCCGCGCGUCCUCGUCACCUACCUCAACGGCGCCGAGGAGGCCUUCGUCGCCGCCGACGGCGCCACCGCGCAGGGCAUGCGCGACCAGAUCCUCGCCCGCGGCCGCCUCCUCGAGACCGAGCAGCUCUUCCGCGAGGCCGGGGAGAAGUGGCCCGUCGUCAUCCCCGAGGAGGAGCUCGGCAUGUCAUUCCCCGGCAUCAAGCCAAAGAAAGCCGAGGAGAAGCCCCAGGCUUCGUGAUCCAGGCAGAGCUCUUUCAGUCUGGUGUGGUUAACUAGCAGUACAUCUCUGUUCUCUCACAUUUGGGAGCUUGUCUUCAGGUCUUCAUUGACUAGUUCAGUUUCAGGGCAUGUCCCUUGUUCUUUUCUCUUUUCUCGGAACAUGCUAUCCGGAAUAGCCCAUUGGUGUUGAUUUUACAACCCUGUUCUGAACGAUCAACUGUGAACCAAUUUAUUCAGAAUAAUUUUGCUCUGUGC